AAAAGAUCUGAGAGAGAAAUUCCACUUGAGGGAAGGGGUACAAGGUGGGGGAAGUCCGUGAGAGAGGAAGAUGACUGGUCCAAGUGAUCCAGAGACUUCCAGUCCCAGGUAUAGCAAGGUCGUGUUUCAUCGCGUCUCAGCUUUGCAGUUCUGUAUAGUGUUCAUAAUAUAUAGUGUUCAUAUAAUAAUACAUUCUCAGCCAAUUUUUUUAUAUUAAUUUUUUCGACUUCAUAAACGAGAAACAUCAUCAAGGAAAUCAGUUCAGUGCAUUUAUAUUGAAAUUGUCAAACGGUUUAUCACCUGGGGCUAAUUUUUUCUGGUGAAUCUUACACCUAAAGAAUAUGAUAAGCAUCCAGACAACGUUGCUUUAUUUGGCUAUAGCAAUAGUGCUCGGCGGUGCGAUUUUGCUAGUGGCAGGUGUGAUUUUGCUUCGUCUCUACAUUUUCUACACUUUGGGCAUCUGUAAGAGCAAAAGCAGAAUGGACGGGAAGACAGUUAUAAUCACUGGAUGCACUUCCGGUAUUGGCAAGGAGACCGCAAGGGACCUCGCCAAGAGGGGUGCGAGGCUCAUUAUGGCUUGCAGAAACACCGAUACCGCUAAUCAGCUAAAAGACGAGUUUGUGAAGGAAUCGAACAAUAACAAUAUCGUGGUCCGUAAAUUGGACUUAUCAUCGUUGCAAUCAAUCAGAGAGUUCGCGCGACAAAUAAAUCAAGAGGAAAGCAGAUUGGACGUGUUGAUUCACAAUGCUGGGACUGCGGAGACUUUUAGGAAAAAGGUUACGGAAGAUGGAUUAGAAAUGACUAUGGCCACCAAUUAUUUUGGUCCCUUUUUGUUGACGCAUCUUUUAAUCGACUUAUUAAAACAAUCGAAACCGAGUCGCAUCGUGGUAGUUGCGUCGGAGCUCUAUCGAAUCGCGAGUUUAAAUCUCAACAAAAUCAAUCCUACGACGACACUACCAGCGUACCUGUAUUACGUGUCCAAGUACGCGGAUAUCGUCUUCACAUUGGAGCUGGCGCGACGAUUGGAAGGUUCGGGAGUGACGGCGAAUUGCCUACAUCCCGGAAUGAUUGACAGCGGAAUCUGGCGAAACGUACCAGCUCCUCUAUCUUGGUUUGUGUAUCUGAUCACCAAGACCUUCUUCAAGACACCCGUGCAAGGUGCACAGACGACUAUUCACCUCGCGGUCUCCGACGAACUCAACGGCAUCUCGGGAAAAUAUUAUAUGGAUUGCGCUGAACGUGGCCUAUCAAACGCCGUGAAAGAUCCUGCCAAGGGCAAGAAAUUAUGGGAAUUAAGCGAGCCUCUGGUAAAAUUACAAUCAUCAGAUCCGAAGAUCUAGACACAUAUAUUUUCUUUUAAAAAUUUUCUUAAAAACUUUCUUUUAUUCUUUUCUUUCAUACGUGAUGGUGUCUGUAGCAAUUAGUAUUUAAUUAUAAUUAUAUCUUAUCAUUAAUAGCAUAGCACCUCUUCAUUGCGAUCACAAUAUGUUUUGUAUUGAAAAACAAAAACAAUUUUUGCAAGUAUUGCAGCUUAAAGAAACAUCUUUUUAUUAGAGAAAAGAAAUUUUUUUAA